AAGGAGGAGGAGGAGAAGGCAUCAUCACCAUCACCAUCACCAUCACCAUCAUCAUCAUCAUCAUCAUCAUCAUCUUCAUCAUCAUCACCAUCAUCAUCAUCAUCAUCACCAUCAUCAUCAUCACCAUCAUCAUCAUCAUCAUCAUCAUCAUCAUCAUCACCAUCAUCAUCAUCACCAUCAUCAUCAUCAUCAUCAUCAUCACCAUCAUCAUCAUCAUCAUCAUCACCAUCAUCAUCAUCACCAUCAUCAUCAUCAUCAUCAUCAUCAUCACCAUCAUCAUCAUCACCAUCAUCAUCAUCAUCAUCAUCAUCACCAUCAUCAUCAUCAUCAUCAUCAUCAUCACCAUCAUCAUCAUCACCAUCAUCAUCAUCAUCAUCAUCAUCAUCAUCACCAUCAUCAUCAUCACCAUCAUCACCAUCAUCAUCAUCAUCAUCAUCAUCAUCACCAUCAUCAUCAUCACCAUCAUCAUCAUCAUCAUCAUCAUCACCAUCAUCAUCAUCACCAUCAUCAUCAUCAUCAUCAUCAUCAUCAUCACCAUCACCAUCACCAUCAUCAUCAUCAUCAUCAUCAUCUUCAUCAUCAUCACCAUCAUCACCAUCAUCAUCAUCAUCAUCAUCACCAUCAUCAUCAUCAUCAUCAUCACCAUCAUCAUCAUCACCAUCAUCAUCAUCAUCAUCAUCA